CCUCCCAGUCCCGAACUCAGCCUGGCCAAUAACAGACGCCGUUUCAGCCGAGGAUGAAUGUUGUAACCGUACCAGAUAUUGGCACAGUCUGGCUUCCCCUUGUUCAUUGGAUCAACUUAGUGCUCAGCUUUAAAUACUAGUCAAUGCAUGAGUGAGUGAAUUCUGCGGGGUGCCGAUUUCAUGUCCUGUGGCCUGCCCAUGAGGAAAGAUGAUGGCUCCUCACUGUGUACUGUACUUAAUGCUGUUAUGUGCUUGGGGAGUACUCGGCAAACCUACCUUUCGCAAGGAGAGAAUCCGUCUUGACCCUGAGCUAAACAGUCAAAUCCAUGAAGAAAACCAAAGCUUCCAGCAAGACCAUGAGGCAUUUUUGGGAAAGGAUGAAGCGAAAUCUUUUGACCAACUGACCCAAGAGGAGAGCAAAGAAAGACUGGGGAAAAUAGUUGACAGAAUAGACAGCAAUAAUGAUGGAUUUAUUGACACUGAGGAGCUGAAAACCUGGAUAAAACGAGCUCAGAAAAGAUACAUCUAUGAAAAUGUGGCGAGAGUGUGGAAAGAUUAUGAUGUCAAUAAAGACAACCAUAUUUCCUGGGAGGAAUACAAACAAGCCACAUAUGGAUACUACUUGGCAAAUCCUGAAGAAUUUCAAGAUGCAUCAGAGCAAUUUACUUUUAAGAAAAUGAUGCCUCGGGAUGAAAGGAGGUUUCAAAAUGCUGAUCUAAAUGGAGAUCUGCAAGCGGACCGAGAAGAGUUCACAUCUUUUCUUCAUCCUGAAGAAUUUGAGCACAUGAAGCACAUUGUAAUAUUGGAAACCUUGGAAGACAUAGAUAAAAAUGGAGAUGGGUUUGUUGAUCAAGAUGAGUAUAUUGCCGACAUGUUUUCUCAUGAAGAUGGAGCCCCUGAACCUGAUUGGGUAGCUACUGAACGCGAGCAAUUUGCAGAUUUUCGUGACCUGAACAAAGAUGGAAAGAUGGAUAAAGAUGAAAUUAGACACUGGAUUCUUCCUGAGGAUUAUGACCAUGCGCAGGCUGAAGCCAGACAUCUGAUCUAUGAAUCAGACAGAAAUAAGGACAAAUUGCUUACCAAGGACGAAGUCUUACAAAACUGGAAUAUGUUUGUAGGAAGCCAAGCUACUAAUUAUGGUGAAGAUCUUACGAGGAACCACGAUGAGCUGUGAAUCUUAACUGUGAUCUUAAUUUUUAUUCACUUGACUUUUACUAAACUUCAUAUUUGCACCAACAAAAACUAAACUUUUUUUUCCCCAUUACCUCAAACUGUGUUUUUUACACUAGUUUUUAGUGUUUGAGAAAGGAUUACAAACUGGCUUUAAUGUGAUCAUGAUUGCAAGGUCUGUUUUUGUAGAUUUGUUUUUAUAUAUUAUUUUUAUUAUUAUUAGAACAGUUAAAUAUAGGAACUUUAAAUGCAAAAGUGCAGUCAUUUGUGUUAGCUAAUUGCUGUAUGUUAUUUUUUAAUAAUUAAGAAGAUGAAACUUUUGCCUUGUACAUAUAAAUCUUUAUAAAAGAUUGUCAUUUUGUUUACCGUUUGAGAAUAACAAUUAAUUUAAUUGUAUAUUGUGUUUGAAAGUUUUAUACAGUACAGCUCGUACCUGUACUAAAAUGACAAGAUGUAAAGAUUUAACAUUAUCAGUAUUCCUAAUAAACAAAACAUUUUAAAUACA